AUGAAAAGAAAGGCCUUAUCUAAUGAUUCUACAUCCAAGAAGAGAAAGAAUGAUGACUUGUUAUCCUCUAAUUCCGAACAAGUCAAAAUAGUAUUUGAUGAUGGAAAAACCUUUGAAGCAAACAGAGAAUGGUUUGAAGGUUAUGAAUAUUUUGAAAAUUUGCUUUCCAACUCUAAAACGAACACUAUUAAAAUACCAAAGAGAAAAAGCCACUUUUUUCAAUACAUCUUGGAUUUUUUGGAUUGUUGCUUGUUUUACGAGAAAGUUAGAGAUGAGGAAAAUAUUGAUGAAUUUAAAGAGGAAGCAAAAUUUUAUAACCUUCAACACUUAUUUGAUAAUCUUUUGGAUAUGCAAUUUUCUAUUAUGAAAUUCAAGGAUGAAGAAAAACUGUCUGGAACUGUUCAGUCCACUAUUGUCAGACCAUAUCGUAAUGUUGCUAGUGGAAUUUUGGAUUUUACCAUUAAGCCAUCACAAACCAGUUAUGGAUCUGAUACACACAGGUAUUAUUUUGAAUUUGAAAUUACAGGAAAUUUAAAGGGGUUCCACAUUGGAUUUGUUUCAGGUAAGAUUUAUUAA